GUCUUUUACUUUAGAGUCCGUUGCUAUCUUUACAUUUCAAGGUGCUUGAUUUAAUGCUCCCGAACGCCGGCUUUUCAUUCGACUCAGUGACAAGGAGCUUUGGCAGGCAACGUCGCAGUCCUCUUUACCGCAAAUUGUUUUUUUCCCGCUAAGUAUAAGAGCCUACAUCUGGUUCCGUAAUACUAUGAAAAUAGCAGCUCAUGUAAGAGUGAUUUUCUGAUAAAGAAUUUGCCUUAUAAGCGCUGGGCACAAGUAUUUUCCAGUUGAAGAUUUGAUGAGCAGAGAACCGGGCUCUCCUUUAGAAGGAAAUGAUGAGUAGUGGCGAAUCGCAGAUGAACGCCUUUCCUGUUCGAGAAUGGCGACUAUCGACUACCUUCCCGACAACAAAACUGACUCAAACACCAACAAGGAAUUACGUUAAAGUGAAGACAGAAGUUCUUAUAGAAGAUGCCGAGAGACACGCAGCACCAACAGCCAAGAAUUGGUAUAUCAAGUAUCACCCAGCCGUAUCUCACCUCAUCCCAGCCAAGCGCUGCGACAUUCUGCAACACGCCAAUGGGGGGUCUUGUUACCUCUGCAGCUGCCCCUACAGACCCCUUCCACACACCACGCCCAGCGAGGGGUGUAUUAAAUAUGCACCAGGGGUGCCAAUGGCAGUUCAUGUUCAGGACACUAAUGGUAAUGUUUGCUAUUGCAGCAUGUGUCAACACAAGGUUGCACAACAAGUUGCUUGCAAUUGUCCUAGUUGCUUGCAACUCAGACAUUCCAUGGUGACCCGGAAUAUACUAUUGGAACAACAUCAGGUUGCUAAAGCACCAAUGUGUUGCAGUGUAGUGCACUGCAAUCAGGCAAUCGAGUUGCAACCAACAUACCAUCCCCUCUGUCACUGCGAGCAAUGUGCUCAGAGGCAGAACAUUAUAACAAAGGAGACAGGAGCUCAUGUCUAUCAUGUUCAUAAUAGAACUCAUGUACAUAUUUCAUCAGAGAGUUUUAGUCGAACAGAGGAGGGAAAACCUGAUAAUAAACUCAAUGGGGAGGUGGACAGAAAUGCGAAUAUAACUAACGCUACAUUUGGUAAUUCGGUUAAAGAUCAUGACACAGCUAAAGAAAGACUGAAAAGAAGAGUAAUGCAGGAUAAUUCUGGGGAAAAACGGUUCAAACAGGAUAACAUAAAUAAUGUUAAUAUGGAAGAAGAGCUGGACUCAAAACCAGAGAGGGUCGCUACAAAGGAUAGUACAAAUGAAAAUGAGAAAGAUGCAUCUCUAAAAAUAGAAGGAGUUCUUGUGCAGGAUGAACAUGAAAGUGUUGCAGAUGAUGAAGAAAUCGAUGUUUGUGAGGAAAUUAAAACAAGUCCUGCUGGAAAAAGUGUAGAAACAAGUUUCGAAAAUAAAUCUUGUCGUUCUGAGGCUAGUUCUCCUCUAAGCACAGAAACUGAAAAAUCUGUGAUUAAAGCAAGGAGGGGGAGGGGAGGAAGAGGACGUAGAUACAAUACAAGGCAUGUCAACUCAAAAACUAAAUCCUACGACUCAGACUUUGUAAACCCUACAGACAGCGAAUGGAAACAGGAAAAAGAUGUAUGUGGUGAGGUGUCGAAAAAUCGCCAGAAAACUAAACUCAACAGGCUUCUUGCUAAUGAGCACGAGCGGCGCAGAGUGGCUCAGUUGAACGGUGCUUACCAAGACUUGAGGCAACUAAUUCCAGGCUAUCAAUGUGAUACUAAACUUCCAAAAAUCAAAAUCCUUAGAUAUGCUAUCAACUACAUAGCACACUUAGAUAAUAUAUUGUCUGAUGAUAACUAAAUUUUUUACACUGCUUGUUAUCGGACACAAACUUAAAAAUGCGGUAAUUGAUUAAGCAGCUACCCUUGGAGCCAAAACAAGUGGCAACUAAAUUGAUGUUGCCCACUCAAGAAAGGCAUAUAAUUUCAGCAUAUCACAGCAAAAAAAAUACAACAAACAAAAAAAUACUUCAGGACUUUGAAUUGUACUUCUGAGUUAGACUCUAUUUCCAGCCAUUGCUAGGCCCCAUCUGCCCCAUUAAUUGGCCCUUGUGCAAUAGCAGGCUCACAACAACGAGCUGGGCAUCAUGCCUAUUGCUGAGUAUAAUAUUUUGCAGUU